AAAGUGCAACCAGCGGCGGGCAGGAUCAGCCAAGAAAUGUGUGGGGGUGCCAUCCUCGCGAACCUCACCCCCGACCGGGUGCGCCGGCGGCUGAUGGCAGCCCAGCUCUGGCCGGACGCGUACUUCCCGGCGGAGAGGGCAGCCUCCGGCAGGAGGAGGAGGAGGGCCGCUGCCACGACCGACGACGAAUUCGAGGCAGAGUUCCAAGUUUUUGCGGAGGAGGAGGACGACGACUAUGCGGCUCCUCCGGCGGCGGCGUGUGCAGCCGUUGCUUUGAGCUCCAGGCGGCGCCGCGUAGCCGGUGCCAAGAGCACCAAGUACAGACGCGUACGCCGCCGGCUGUCGGGCAGAUGGGCGGCAGAGGACACCCAGCAGCGGCAGCGCGUGUGGCUCGGUACGUGCGGCGGCGACGCCGAGGAGGCCGCCCCAUUGUACGACAGCGAAACCCGUCGGGUGCGCGGGAAGAGCGCUAGGCUCGACUCCCCGAACGAAGGCUGUUCUCGCCGGCGAAGCCUGCCGGGGAUCAUCGACCUCAACCAGCCGCCCGCCGUUUCCGAUGACCACAUGGUCAGUGCCGAUGCAGACGCGUGCAAGACGAAGAUCAUGCAGCUGAUCGCGGAGGGUCCUCGCGGGGAGCGGGUGGCGAGCCUCGUGUCCGAGCUGAUGGACGGAGCGCACCAAGGGAGCGAAACCAGAGCGUCCGUGGUGGUGAUGCGGUGUGCGGCGUUGAUCUCCAGAUGCAGCCGCGAGAUGGAAGAGGUUGCUGCGCUGAGGAGGGACCUCGAGAACCGCGCGAGGCGGCUGGAUGAGCGGAAAGAUCAACUCGUUAGGAUAGCUUCUCUUCUGGGUUCUGAACUUCUGAUUGACUGAUAUCAUCGGGUAUGUUUGAGCCUGUUUGUUCGUGGAAGUGGACGGUGGAACUCUGCUGACCGUAUGAACACAUACGGACCUAUGAACAGUGAUAUUAAAAAAAAGGUGUGGCGCGAACCAACCUGUGGUUGGAUGGUUAUAGGGACUGUGGUAUUCCCAGCCCACCAGGAUUCAAAUCCUGGUGC